AUGUUCGGAAUUGAAGAAGCAAUGCUCAAUAUGAGUGGCUUGUUGAUUGUGAACCUGCCAAAGAAGGAGAACUCCUCCACGCCUUUGGCUGUUGCUGUGCCGAUGCGAAUUUUCUGUGGAUUUGCUCAAGUAUUUGAUAUCGCUGAGGUAUGGAUGGAAAAUUGGCCGAAGAAGAAACUUUGUGAGGUCACUCCUUUGCUGGGUUGCCUGUGCUUUUUGGGGGUCAACGGGAUGACCGAAUUUGAUUGA